UGAUUCAAUUGUACGACCAAAAUUAUCAUUCGAUUUAAUCUGUCUAAUCCCAUACAAAAUUUUAAACAAUUGAGCAAAGAAACCCCCAAAUGAAAAAGUAAGAUAAAAGUUUUUGUAACCGUUUCAAAUAUUUUGAAGUAUUUUUAACAAAUUGAGUCGUGUUGCUAUAAACUCCUAUAAUGUGAACGUAGGAGAACUGUCAAACUAUUAUAUCACUCUGCAAAAGCGAAGAAAUAGGUAUCACGCACACUACAAUACUGCGCAUCGACGUAGUGCUUUAAUCGGGCUCAGAUGCAAUUUGCUGCUGUGGUUCGUUCUUUUCCAUUAAAAUUGAAGUGUUGUGGGAAUUAAGAUUUGGUUUUGUGCCGACAGUGCUAUUACUAUCAAAUCAACAAUAUAUCUCGUUUAUAGUCGAAACAGCUCAAGCAGUUCCGAAACGGAGAUAGGUGGACAACUGAGAAUAAUCUACACUUUAACGGAAGUAGCUGAAUACAGAAGCAUUAAUCAUACAACAACCAUUCGAACAUGGAUGACUUGAUCACACUGAUUCGAACUGAAAUUCCCGAGGGGCGUAAAAAUCUACAGGAAAGUUUUUCUAAUCUCGAACGUGUGGCAGAAUAUUGUGAGGACACCUACUAUCGCUCGGACAACAAGAAGGCUUCGCUAGAGGAGACGAAAAACUAUACAACGCAAUCAUUGGCAAGCGUGGCAUACCAAAUCAACACGUUGGCGUUCAAUUUUCUGCAGCUGAUGGAUUUGCAGGCGACGCAAAUGGCUGAAAUGGAGUCACAAAUGAAUCACAUCUCGCAAACAGUAAUGAUCCACAAGGAGAAGGUGGCAAGGCGUGAAAUCGGUGUACUCACCGCGAACAAAAUUAGUUCGCGACAGUACAAAAUAGUAGCACCACUUAAUCCGGAAAAACCUAUUAAAUACGUCCGUAAACCGAUUGACUACACGCUGUUGGAUGAUGUAGGUCAUGGUAUCGCUCUAACAAAUAAUAACCAGAAGAAACAUCGUGUGUCCAGCCAGGGCUCCAUUCAGUCGACUAUCUCGCCAAACGUAUCGGUAGGACCACCUCCAACGACCAAACCACCGACACCGCCUCAAAUGACGCGCAGUGCAGGACAUUCCGGUACGCUCAGUAAGCCUGUCAGCAAUACUGGUACGCUUGGAAAGUCGUCCCGUGAAUAUCGCACACCGCCAGUAGUCGUACCUCCUCAAGUGCCCUCGCACUACGCACCAAACUAUCCAGUGGGUCAUCCGCGUCGUACAUCUAGUGGUGGUUCGGUUGAACGUGGCCCAGGUUAUAGCGCCCUUCCUAUGCCAAUGCCACCAAGCCAAGUGGUGAUGCACCAUCCGCCUCAGAUCGGCAUGGUACACCCGAUGCAGUCCGGUCCAGUCAUGCAACAUCAAUCGACAUUCGAAGAACGCAACAGCAUGCCGCCUCCACCUUCGCCGCUGACUGUAACACAUGAUAUACCAGACCACAGUCACAUAGGCAUGCAUACUCUGAGCCGUAAUAUGCCACGUCCAGGAUCACAAUCGCCUCCUUUGCCGCCACCGCCACCGCCGGAGGAGUCGGACCACGCUGAUUUUGGUCGUCCGCGCAAUACUCAAAACAGUUUGGUAGCACCCAUCGUUCCGGACGAUCAGAACUUGCCCGGCUGGGUACCGAAGAACUAUAUUGAAAAGGUAGUAGCCAUUUAUGACUAUUAUGCCGACAAAGAUGAUGAGCUUAGCUUCCAGGAGAGCUCCGUGUUGUACGUGCUAAAGAAAAAUGAUGAUGGUUGGUGGGAAGGCGUUAUGGACGGUGUAACAGGACUUUUCCCGGGCAACUAUGUGGAACCGUGCGUUUAAGAUCAUAUUUACAUACUUGGAUAGUUUCCAUUAAUUUAGCACAUUAUUGACUUUGUUAUAAAAAUAUGAAAAAAAAUUAUAA